AUGCCUUCCACCGCUUUCCUCCGCCUCGCCGCUCGCGGCUCCGCGACUUUUGUCCGCGCCGCCUCCGUCGCCCGUCCCGUCGUGGCCACGCCCCUGAUGGCUCGCUCCGCUGCCGUCGCCAGCUUCAGCACCUCGGUCCCCCGCCGCAGCGAGCACGCCGAGGAGACGUUUGAGGAGUUCACUGCCCGAUUCGAGAAGGAAUUCGACGGAGUCCAGGAUGUAUUCGAGCUCCAGCGCAACCUGAACAACGCCUUCGCUUACGAUCUCGUCCCCUCUCCUUCCGUCAUCGCCGCUGCUCUCAAGGCCGCCCGUCGCGUCAACGACUUUGCCACUGCCGUCCGCAUCUUCGAGGGCAUCAAGGCCAAGGUUGACUCCAAGGGUCAGUACGACCAAUACCUCCAGGAGCUCAAGCCCCUCCGCGAGGAGCUUGGCGUUCCUCUGAAGGAGGACCUCUUUGCCGCCGAGCAGAAAUAA